GUGAGUGGGUUAGGUGUCAGGGGGGGAGGAAAUAGGACAUAUGGGGCUAAAACUUUUCAAGAAGGAAAGUUUGUGGCAGAACAUAAGGGUGUGGACUCUCAGGAGGGUAGAGAGGAGGGUAGUGAUCAGAUCAAGGAAGGGGAAAGAGUGGGGGAGAAAGUUCUUGUUAGGGAGAGAGAACCAGAGUCAAUAGGAGCUAUUCCAAAAAAUGAUCUUCAUAGUUGGAUGACUGGUGGAAACCCUGAAGUGAGUCCCAGUGAUAGGGUAGGUUUGCAGCCAGAGUUAGAAUCUGUUAGGAAUACAGGGGUUAACAAUUCUGAUAUGAUGAAUUUAGAUAAUUUUGUGGUUGUUCCUGUUCAAGCAGUCACUAGCAGAAUUCUUAAAGAUCUUCAACCUAAGGAAGAUCAAGCUCCAAGUAAUAGAACUCCUAAAAUAACAGUUAGGAAAAUUGGGAAAGCUAAAAAUCUCGCAAGUUCCAGAAUGUCUUCUAGCUUAGUCAAAUCUGAAGGGGUUAAAAGAAAAACUGAGAUGAUGUUGAGGAAAGUCAGUGAUUUAAGUAGAAGGGAUGAUGGUGGCUGGGAUGAAGAACUUAUAAAGCAAACUUUUUUACCAUUUGAAGCUGAGGAAAUACUGAAGCUCAGAGCUCCAACACAAGGAAAAAAGGAUCAAAUGGUCUGGCAUGUCUGCCCAAAGGGUCAAUUCUCAAUUAAACAUGUUUAUAAUUUUCUGGUGAACAGGAUAGUGGCUGCAAAGGAUGUGCCAGAGACUAGUGACAAUGAUGUGGUGCUUAAGAAGACAUGGAGGAAAACUUGGGCUUUGCAAAGGAAAGUGCAGGAAGGAGAGAAUCGAGUUGACAACAUAUUUAUUAUGGUGGCUCUGGUGUACUAG